AGGAAAAGAAGUCAAAGUUUGGUGACUCUUCUGAGUCAUACAGACCAUAGUCUGCAUAUUAGGGCGCCUAGUCUGAGUGUUUUAAGUGAAUGUAAAAAUGAAGGCCAAUACUCCUCUUCGGCUUUCUCCUUCUUCUCAUCAUAUCUGAAAAAAAAAAACCCCGAAAAAAAACUAGACAGGAGUUUGAAAUUUCCGGGCUCAUGCUGGAGGCUGCCAUUGGCUCACGAGGAGCUUACCUACAUGCAAAUGAAGCAACGCAGCCUUGCUGCCUCUGAUCCAGAGCGUGAGGAGGAGGACCAGGAAUACACUCAUGUACCUCGAGCUCUAGAAAAAACACCUCCAACUCCUUCAAUGUUGAAACUCCACAAUUAAACCGGAUUGUGUUGACAAAAGCCGACAAAAGGCGCUUUCGUAAUUUUUUUGCGCACCAACCCCGUAGAAAGCAAUAACGGAAUACAAGGGGACAGACCGAUUCAGUCAAUACUUCAAUACUGUUAUGAAGCGAGAAUGAGCAGCGCAGAAGACAGCGGGAGCAAGUGCUCGUCGGGCCCGAUUUCCAGCUUUACUAUCCAGUCUAUUUUAGGCACGCCAUCCGAUGAGCCGCGCUCCGGGACCAAGGAGCUCUCCAAGGGGCCGCCGCCAGCGCCGCGGAGGCGCUCACUGUCGGUGUCGUCCGAGGAGGAGUGCAGCGGCGGGGAGGACUCAGCAGACUGCUUCUGCUCCGACACGGGUCACAGCGAGCCGUGCACCCAGCACCAACCCCAUAACUUUUCCUGUUUAGGUCCCGCUAAAGGACUUCUGUCUGGAAAUGACGGGCUCGCACGGCGGCCGCACCUGUCACAGCCUCUGCUGCAGGAUUAUAAGGAGGAGCAGGAGAGACCGUGCCAUCAAAUGUCACCUCUGUCGGAGGAGAGACAAACAGACGGUGCGGACAAGCAGGGCAGCUCGGCCAAAAAGAAAACGCGCACGGUUUUCUCCCGGAGUCAGGUGUACCAGCUGGAGUCCACCUUCGACAUGAAGAGGUACCUGAGCAGCUCGGAGCGGGCCUGCUUAGCCUCCAGCUUACAGCUGACGGAGACUCAAGUCAAGACGUGGUUUCAGAACAGGAGGAACAAAUGGAAACGACAGCUCUCUGCUGAACUGGAGGCGGCCAACAUGGCCCACGCCUCCGCACAGACACUAGUGGGGAUGCCGCUGGUUUUCAGAGAUAACUCCUUACUGCGUGUUCCCGUCCCUAGGUCUAUCGCGUUUCCGACGCCCCUGUACUACCCGGGAAGCAACCUGCCAGCGUUACCUUUAUACAACUUGUAUAACAAAAUCGAGUACUGAUUGACUCUGCUGUAUGUUCACUGCAGUCCACGAAAAAAGCAUUACAAAACAAUACGACAUUCUAGGUGUCUCAUAAGCCUUGUAUAUCAAUUGUAUCACUUUUUUUGUUGAGAAAACUCUUAUUAUGCAGUUAUUGUAUGUCUCGAAAGAAAGCAAUCAAGCUUCCCUAUAUGUAUAAAAUACACCGUGUGUAUAAUUAUUAUAACGAUUUUGUAUUUUUAUUUUAACUUCCUUCUUCUUUAAGUGAUAAAAUACUGGAUUUAAUCCUUCAUAUCACAUUUGAAAAAUACAUUAAAAAAGGCCGACUUUUACACUGUUUUUUAUUCCGAAUUGGUUCGUCAAAGAUAUUUUAAGUUUCACUCCACCUGACGCAAAACUGACAGGAAACACUCAAUUCUUCCAUUUAAGGAAAAAUAUCAUUGUUUCUAUUGUAAUCUAGACCUUCAACAAUAACCUUCUCAUUCAAUAAAUUUUCUAUUUCAGUGAAAAAUUUGGUUUGCUUGGUUUUAUUUGUAAACUUUGCCACUGGUACAUCCCCCCAGCACACAGGGCUAAGAAUUAUUGUAAAUAAGAAAGAAAGCAAAAUUAUUUUCAGCUGUUCUGAGAUUCCUGAAGACCACAGUAGCACCCAUCCUUUUAUGUUAAUGGGUAUUAAUUUAAUAUAUUUUUUUCUCGUUGUAUUCUUGAAUUAACUGUUUUAUUAUAUGUAAGAUUUAACCACAACUAAAAUGUGUGUCAGGGGAAAAAGGGGAAGACACUGAUAGUAAAUUCAGAAACACUAGACGAUUAUUGGCUCUCACAUUACACCAAAAAAUAUUAGUUAUUUUAUAAUACUAAAGGUUGUGGGAUUCUUGUGAUGUGCAUUUUAAUCUGACUACAUUUUUAAGAAAUACAAAUGUACUUCGAGGGAAUGCGGUGUGAAAUAUUGAUUGCUAAGUACACUAGCCUGGAAAUACUCUAAAAUACCAAACUCUGUUUAAAUCUAUUGAGUUCAUCAGAGAGAUACAGCUAAAUCUGAUUAGUUUGCCCUUUUUAGUCAUAUUUUUGUAUACGCUAGUGACCAGCGAACUCCUCUGUAAAUUAAGAGAUUGGUGACCAGGGCACAUGGCUUUAUAAGAAGUAGAUAAAGCACAUUUCAGGCUGGAAAAGAGUUGCUUACUAUCACUGGCCAAUCACGCCUCUGGGCGGGAUCUUCUCUCAUUUGAAGUCUGCCUUCUGCGGCUCUGAAGCAUCAGGACUUGUAAGGGGAAACCUAAGAAGGAGGCGUUUUGUCAAACUUUAAGACUGGCUGUCAUUAGACUGUGCUCUUUAUCUGUCUGUGUAGUUAAUUAUUUUAUCAGCUCCCUUAAGAAUUCUGGACACCACAUGUGGUGUGUCUGGUUAACACAGGAGCUUGUUUAGGUUUUCAAGAGGCGUGUUGCACUAAAUCAGCUCACCCUGUCAGUGUGUACUAUCUAUUAACAAUUCACUACAUGUAAAUAUUAACCAUAAACCUGACCAUAAUCUCACACACAUACACGCACUCACUCAGAAGCACAUGCACGUGUCCUGUGGUUGA